AGCAAUUAUAAAUAUACAUGAGAAAACAAGACAUUUCAUCAAAUCUUGAACCAUUUUCAGUCAAUCAAUGUCUUUAUUUUCAAUGUAUAUUGUUGAAAACAGCCAACAAUUGCAUCUCAAACUGUAACUAGAAUUAAAAAAAUGACUAAUUCACUGCUUUCACUCGAAAACUUUUUAGAUCUUAUAUAUAUACGUAAAUAUCUUACCUAAAAAUGCCGUUACGCUUGAUAAAACACAUCACUUUUUUCCCACGUGUUUCAAUUGAAUUUCUAUUGGUGUCAAGCCAUUUUUAAGUUCUAGUUAAGUUUUAAGUUAGUCUAAACUGUAAGUCCUGUUAGGAUUUUGAGUUUUUGCAGUGUUCAAAAUAAAUGUAUGAUACAGGCUGUAUUGGAGCACAUUAGGGACCAGUGCUACUUGGUGUUUUAGCCAGCAAUGACUACUGAGCUAAAAUUGAUAAUUAGCAUUAUUAAGUUUUUAUUUUACACCCUCAUCACUCCACAAUGCUAAGUUAUGUUAAAGCCUGUAUGUAAGACACGUUAGCCACGCAUCGACAGUGGUCAUGAUUAAUAGAAACCUAGCCCUCCGCAGGGCUAACGUUACGUGAGCUAGUAAUGACAGUAACGUUAAUCUUAUUUAUUAGCGCUUAGAGCUCUUUAUUAGCGCUUAGAGCUCUUUAUUAGCGCUUAGCGCUGUACUGCUUUAAGAUGGCGGCUGUUUGCUAACGCUGCCCAGAGGCGGCCGAGUCUGAUAGGUGCAUCUAGGUCAACAUACAUGUGAUCUUUAUGAGACGCAGCAGACGCUAACGGCAAGUAGCAUCGUGCGGGCUAGUAUUUAACAACGUCGGCGUCGCUUGUAGCGGCUUUCAGCUGCAGUAAGUUUUUUUUUUUUUUCCCUUCUUCCUCCCCGCACGUGACAUCAGCACGUUGUCCCGCAUUAAAAGUAGUCCGAGCAAAACGUGAUGCUUAGAGCUGUCAAAAUAAACGAUUACUCGAGGUGAAUAAAAUUACUCGGAUCAGUUUUUAAACUCGAGUUACUCGAGUUGCUCGAGUAUUCGUUUCAGCUCUAAUCUAAUUAAUUACUUUUCUCAUCUUGGCAACGCCGUUACCGUUACUGAGGCAGGAAAGGCGUGCGUUACUAUGUGUUACGAUGUCAGUUGACUGACGCAAGAAAAGUCUGAAAAAGACGGACUCACGGAGACGAGAGAGCAGAGCAGGAGUGGGGAGGAGGCAAGGGAGUAUGACGCCGUUGCAAACGUGAUGCUACUAUGCUACUAUUAAUAAUACCUACAGUAACUGUAGCCGAUAGCCUACAAACUACGCCCACGUGAUGCUUUGGUAGAUAUCACAUACAGAGCUAGAUGCAAAUGAUAGACACGGCGGCAUUAGCAAGAUGUAUAAUAAAGAACUAGAUGCGUUAGUAAACAGCCACCAUCUUAAAGCAGUAGACUUCUCAGGAAGGCUCUGUUGUACAGAACCUUCCUAGCUAACCCAAGUAACUUUUUAUCCCAAAUGCUCCUAAAUCAGCAAAACUUAAAUCUGUCUUUAAGUGAUGAAACAGUUUUAAAACUUACACAUGUCGAAAAUAGACAGAAGUGAACUAAUGCAAUAACGGGAGCAAUUUUAACAACUGUAACGGUUGAUUCACAACAUUAAAUGACUUCCAGGUUACUAUCUAGUUAUUGCAAUAUCCGCAAUACCCCUGUGUCCAGUUAAGUUUAGGGUAAAGAAUUGGGCCAGGGCCAAUUGUCCCAAAAAUCUUUUAAACCUCACAUUGUGUGACCUGUUUUUUGGUUUUUUUUUUGGUUUUUUUUUUUGAGAAAAAAAAAAAACAUGAAAAUUAUCACCAGUUACUUUGCCAAGUAACUAAUUACUCUUACAUUCAGGUAACCGAGUUACUAACGCAAUUACUUUUUGGGAGAAGUAAUUUGUAACUGUAAUUAAUUACUUUUUUAAAGUAAGAUUAACAACACUGUAUAUAUAUGUAUAUAUAAAUAUAUAUAUACUGUAUAUUUGGGCUUUAUUCACAAGUGAGUCGCUUUGCUGCGAGAAAAGGGCGCUGUGGAAAGAGUAGGGAGGUGAGAGAGUGGGAAUGUCAUGGCCGCUCAGGUCGCCAGCGUCGCCUCUCUUAACUCGAGCCCACCGUCCAAACCGGAUCGGUACUCGCAAGAGGACUCUGUGCCGGGGGAGAAGCAUCAGCAGCAUGAGAACAAGAAAGUGGGACCUGAUGCCUGACAUGGCAAGAAAUAGGUAUGUUUACGUGACAAACAAACAAAAAAUCAUAAAUUUUAAAAAAUUCAGUGGUUCCUCCCAAGAUAUAAGCAGCCUUGUUACCAUUGUGACGAAGACCUUUCAACGUUACAAUCAUCUCAAAAAUCUGAUCAACAGCAUACAACAAUAUAAUCCAAAUGUCACAAUAGUGUUCGCAGAUGGUAAUGAAAACCCUCGGCAAGUGACUGGGCCUCACAUUGAGCAAUACAUUAUGUCAUUCCGAAAGUGUUUGUUUGUGGGGCGAAAUUUGGCAUUGUCUCAGGUGACUACCAAAUAUGUAGUUUGCGUGGAUGAUUAUUCCAUCUUCACUGCAGACACGAAGUUGGAGAAGAUGGUGGACAUCCUUGAGAGGACCAGUCUCGAUCUGGUUGGGAGCGCAGUCAGAGAGGUAACAGGCUGGACGUCAACUUGCCGUCACACCAUCUCAGUGGAAGAGGGGGGUGAACAUAAUGACUGUUUACACAUUAUGAGUGGCUAUCAUCAUGCCAUUGAGAGAUUUCCCUUUUGUGUAGACACUGAUCAGAUUGCAGUCAUUAACUUCUUCAUGGCAAGAACAGAAAAAGUGCAGCAGGUGGGCUUUAACCCACACCUGGCUCGCCCUGGGAGUCUGGAGUUCUUCGUUGACGGGCUGGGCUCACUCCACAUUGGCUCCUGCAGUGAUGUCGUUAUAAACCACGCGUCCAAGAUCCAACUGCCAUGGACUAGAACAACUUCCAAAAAGGCUUAUCUAAAGUUCCGAUACUCACAAAGCAAUGAUGUAAUUUACAUUUCAAUGAAAUUUUGUACUUCACAAACAGGUUCAAAUGCAUGAGCAUGCUCUUAUUUCACAUGCCCAGAGGUGGGUAGAGUAGCAAAAAAUU